GUGGACAGGUCGGUCAUUUCCUGAAAUUAUAAUGUACUUCCCGUUUAUUGUAUGAUUGUUAACGAUAUUUAUAGUUAGAUAUAAAGUGUCCUGGGUAUCAAACUAUUGGUUAUUGUGUUCAGAUUCAAUACAGAAACAUGUUACUAAGAGUGGAAUGGAUAUCAUAUUUCACCGAAUCAUUUCUCGUGAACGGGCAAAAGAACACAAUUUUACAAUAGAUGAUUUGAACAAAAGUCCACUAGAACAUCAACGCAUUGUGUCAGUGUUGUUUUUGACUGAUUUAGUAUGUUCAUGUAUAACAGGACUUAUUGGAAAUACGCUGGUCAUUGGAGCUGUUAUGAUAUCAAAGAAGCUUAGAACAACUGGGAACAUGUUUUUCGUUAAUUUAGCAAUUGCUGAUUUCAUUGUUAUCCUGAUAGUGGAGCCUUUUAACUAUAUUGGAAUAAUAAAUGGAGCAGGACCAUACAUAGAGAACGUUUGGUUAUGUCACUUGGUAGCUAUUAUUUGCGUUAUGGCGUGCGUUUGCUCAACGAUGAAUCUAGCUGCUAUUGCUGUAAAUAGAUAUAUAAUGAUCAACAAGUUCCAGCUCUAUAAAAGAAUCUUUACCAAGAGAAACACGAUUUUGAUUUGUACUAGUUUGUGGUUUAUAGCCUAUUUGAUAGAACUGCCUAACUUGACAGGAUGGGGUGGUCAUACUUUCGACUUGAAGACACUUGGAUGCUCUUUCGACCGGUUGAUUUCACUUAGUUAUACAAUAUUUUUAAGUGUUACGGCUUUAUACAUUCCACUUUCGCUUAUCUUAUUUUGCUAUGUGAAGAUAUAUUUAUACGUUCGCCAAAGUAGACGACACAUUGCUUUGUCAGUUAAAUGCAAGACAAGACACAAGAGAGGUAGGAAAGAUGAAGUACGAUUGGCCAGAACAUUUUUUAUUGUAUUCAUAUCAUUUCUUAUCUGCUGGACACCAUAUGACCUGACAUUAUUUUUCGACAGGUCAGACAAAUGGCCUAGUUGGUUGUAUAUCUUAUUUAUGCAAGUAGGACAUUUUAAUAGUUCCUUGAAUAGCAUCUUGUAUGGAUUAACAAACAGACAUUUCAGAGAAGGAUAUAAAUUGUUUCUGUCAAAGUUCAUACCCGGUUUUCAUACGGUCUUUUGCUGA